CCGCUGCUGUCCCCGCCUCGCCCCCGCCGCAGUGCCGUCCGCCCGGGCUCCCAGCCCCUCGCGGCUCCUAUCCCGCCGCGGGUACGGCCUCGGCCGAUCGCUCGCCUGCGGCUCCAUAGCUCAGCCCCGCGCCCUCCAGGGCAGGCGCUGUCCAUCCUGCGGCCUGGGCACAGCGGAGAGGGGCUAGGUGCGCGGACGUCGGGGAGGCCACCAUGGUGGCCACGUGCCUGCAGGUGGUGGGCUUCGUCACGAGCUUCGUGGGCUGGAUCGGCAUCAUUGUGACCACGUCCACCAACGACUGGGUGGUGACCUGCGGCUACACCAUCCCCACCUGCCGCAAGUUGGAUGAGCUGGGCUCCAAGGGGCUGUGGGCCGACUGCGUCAUGGCCACCGGGCUGUACCACUGCAAGCCCCUGGUGGACAUUCUCAUCCUGCCCGGCUAUGUGCAGGCUUGCCGAGCCUUAAUGAUUGCUGCUUCAGUUCUGGGUCUGCCGGCCAUUCUGCUCCUGCUGACGGUUCUGCCCUGCAUCCGGAUGGGCCAUGAGCCCGGUGUGGCCAAGUACAGGAGGGCCCAGCUGGCUGGUGUUCUGCUUAUUCUACUGGCUCUCUGCGCCAUCGUGGCCACCAUCUGGUUCCCGGUGUGUGCCCACCGCGAGACCACCAUCGUGAGCUUCGGCUACUCCCUGUACGCGGGCUGGAUCGGGGCCGUGCUGUGCCUCGUGGGCGGCUGCGUCAUCGUCUGCUGUGCCGGAGACGCGCAGUCCUUCGGAGAAAACCGCUUCUACUACUCCUCGGGCUCCAGCUCGCCGACCCACGCCAAGAGCGCGCACGUGUGAGCCGGCGCCCGCCCGCGGGGGCUGCAGGUGCCGGGCGGCCCCGGGUGGCUCGGCGGCCAGGGGGAGCAGGACCCAGUCCUCCGCCAGUCACCACGCCGAAGCCUACAAAGCAGCCCGCCUGGCGUUUUGCAGUCUUAACACCACGUCUGCCCACCACCUUCUGGGUCCCUUAAAAGAAAUCUGUAGCUCAGAUAAUGCCCAUCUCGUUUUCUCACGGUAAUGCCCACUCUUAGCUCUUUUCUCGGAAUUCCUUUGCUGUUUAUUUAAAAACAAAAAACAAUUUUGUUUCUUUCUAAAUAUUAAAUGUUUCACAAACGUUGCUGAGUUGGCUAUGGGUGGGGCAGAGAAAUAAAAGAUACUUUUCAAACUGUUACAGAUGACAAUAGGCUCCUCAUAAAGAUGCCUCUGUGUUCUUUCUCUCCUCUUCAGUUCCAAGGUCGCUUACUCAGAGGAGAUAGCGACACAGAACAGGACAUGGGUGGGGGGAGGGGAACUUGGGCUUUUCUCUUCGCGGGAGAGUUUCCCUUUUAUAAGUUGAGUGCAGGGGGUGGGGAUAUUUUUUAGUUUCUGAUUUUACAUUUAUCUGUACAUAAUUUUUCAAGAUUGAUCAUUUUUAUAACCAUGGUUUUCCUGAAAUUCUCAAUUCAUCAGUAUGAAGGAAAUGAACCAAAUAGACUUUAAUUAUCCAAUAAAUAACAGUAAAAAUGAAUAUAACUUUCACUGACAUUCCACAAAACAGUUUUCAGUUCCAGGUUUGUAUGAUGUAGUUUUUAAUCCUGCAUAUGCAUUGAAUUAACACAGUUUUAGAGCUUUAUCUACUUUCUCUCUCUGCUUUUGUUCUGGUCUGUCUUGCCGUGAUGUGGUUUAACAGAAAUUGUACUGUUGAAUUUGGCUUUACGGGUGUAAACACUGAUGGUAUAUCAGUAUCCAAGACCCCAGCCUCUUCAAACAUAGAUGGUGCAUUUUGUUCUUUAAGAGAUACUUGUGCAAUAAAAUAAC